AUGAACGUGUACGUGAUGCCCGAGCACAAGCUGUCCUCGGUGGCGCCGCUGAAGCCGUACAAUGCGGAGAAGAAAGACGUGGAGCUCAUCCUGGUCAAGGAGCACAACGGCGUCCAGUACACCAACUCGAGCGUGGCGGGCUCGCGCGCGUGCCCCCUCACCUCCUCUUCCGCCGAUCACGAAGACCGGGAGACAUGGGGCAAGAAACUGGACUUUCUGCUGUCCGUCAUAGGCUUUGCUGUGGACUUGGCCAACGUGUGGAGGUUCCCUUAUCUGUGCUAUAAGAACGGAGGAGGGGCCUUCCUGAUCCCAUACAUCAUGUUCCUGUUCAUUGCGGGGAUGCCACUCUUUUACAUGGAGCUGGCUUUGGGCCAGUACAACAGAGAAGGUGCAGCUACUGUGUGGAAAAUCUGCCCUGUGUUCAAAGGCGUUGGCUACACUGUGAUCAUCAUAGCUUUGUAUGUGGGCUUCUACUACAACGUCAUCAUAGCGUGGUCUCUGUACUACCUGUUCUCCUCAUUCACGAGUGAACUGCCCUGGCAACACUGUAACAACACGUGGAACAGCCCCCUGUGCAAAGACCCCAAGCUCAUCAACGGCUCCUCCUUCCUUGGCAAUGCAACCUCCUACGCCAAGUACAAGAGAACACCUGCUGCAGAAUUCUACGAACGUGAAGUGCUGCACUUCCAUGAGAGUCAAGGGAUUCAUGACCUGAAAGAACCUCGCUGGCAGCUCACCCUUUGCCUCGUGGUGGUGGUGUUCAUUCUCUACUUCAGUCUGUGGAAGGGUGUUAAAUCCUCUGGAAAGGUCGUUUACAUCACUGCCACCAUGCCCUACAUCGUGCUGCUGGUGCUGCUGAUUCGAGGCAUCACUCUACCUGGCGCUCUGAAUGGAAUCCGUGCGUAUCUCCACAUUGACCUAAAGAAGCUCAACAACCCUCAAGUGUGGAUUGAAGCUGCCACUCAGAUUUUCUACUCUCUAGGGGCAGGUUUUGGAGUCCUUAUCGCCUUUGCCAGCUACAAUAAAUUUGAAAAUAACUGCUACAGGGAUGCCAUCCUGACCAGCACUAUCAACUGCGUCACCAGUUUCUUCUCAGGGUUCGCCAUCUUCUCAGUGCUGGGCUACAUGGCCCAUGAGCAUGGUGUCAGCAUUAAGGAAGUGGCCACUGAAGGGGCUGGUCUAGUGUUCAUUAUCUACCCAGAGGCCAUUUCCACUCUUCCUGGCUCCACUUUCUUUGCCAUAUUCUUCUUCAUCAUGCUCCUGACCCUCGGCAUCGACAGCUCUAUGGGUGGAAUGGAAGCAGUCAUCACUGGACUCACAGACGACUUCAAAAUCCUCAGGAGGAACAGGAAAUUGUUCACCUUCAUCACCGCAUUUGGAACCUUUCUGGUUGCCUUACUGUGCAUUACCAAAGGAGGGAUCUAUGUCUUCACUCUGCUGGACACCUAUGCUGCAGGGACGUCUAUUCUAUUUGGGGUUCUCGUGGAGGCCAUAGGAGUGUCCUGGUUCUAUGGCGUGGACAGAUUCAGUGAGGACAUUGAACGGAUGAUGGGCUUCAAGCCAGGACUCUACUGGAGGCUUUGCUGGAAGUUCGUCAGCCCUGUUUUUCUACUGGUUGUGGUCAUAGCUAGCAUUGUCACCACCCAUGAGCUCAAAUAUGAUGACUACGUCUUUCCUUACUGGGCUAAUUUGGUGGGCUGGGGCAUCGCCAUGUCCUCAAUGAUAUUCGUGCCCUUGUACGCCAUCUACAAGUUCCUCAGCUUGCCAGGCACCUUUAAGCAGCGGAUAGCGUACUGCAUUACUCCCGAGCAUGAACAUCACUUGGUGGCAGAGGGGAAUGUGAGGCAGUUUAAGCUAAAACACUGGCUUGCCAUCUAAUGUGGCCACUGGAGAUGAAGUGCCAUGCCGAAUCCCAGGUGGCUGAUGGAGAGAAUGUGCUGUGCGUGUGGUUCCUGAGAGAAAGGCGCCUCCAGUGAGGUAGACAAAGCGAAGCGAUGACUUCUAUGUAUUUCUCAACCACGUACCCUACCGUCCACGCCACUCUGCGUCUGUCCUGUGGCUGACUUUUUUUCCUAUUGGUGGAUGAAAUCAGUGUUCUUCAUGUCUGUAUUUUUUAUUUUUUAUUUUUUUUAUGUUGACAUUACACCUCUGAAACCUCAGAAAGCUCCUCAUAGGGGUGCCAUGCCGGGACAUUACAGGUAUUUUCCACUUUUGAUGACCAUGUUUUUAGGUUUUUUUCAUUUUAUAUUUCUUUUUUGACUUUGUGGCUCCCUUCUCCUCCAAUGUAAAUCAUUCAGUGUCUGUAAAGAUGGAAACGUACCAAAACACAGUAAUUUUAUGUCUGCAAGAGUGAGUUGCAUGUGUGUGUCAGCAAGCAUGACCAGUAAACUAACACAUAAUAGUCUUUUUUAAAGAAAAAAAUCAAGAUAUAAUGUAUUACACACCUUUAGUUAGGUAUGCAGUAGAUAUCCUUUCAUUAGCCCAGUGUUUGGUGGAGAACAGAAUUACCCUGGCCUUUCUAUCACUGCCCAAGGAUCUCUCACACUCUUUCCUGUACCACAGAACCUCAUUUGAAGUAGUAAA